GUGUCGUCGCCUUGCUUGGAAUGGCAAUGCGCGUAGCAACCACGCAGCGCUCCACCCUUUCCAUAUCGAUGGUGCCGCGGCAAAGCAUUCGACGCGAGCUGCCUGCCAUACGUACAUUACUACCAGACGCGAGCUCGCGCUGGUCCUUUCCUUGCGACUAGACUAGACUAGUUCGUUCGAGCUCCGCGAGACCUUCCUCGGCUCCUCCUCCUAGUCUCCACCACUGCCAUCCCGGAGCUGCCAACUCCCAUGGCGCUCUCCCGCCGCCUUCUCCUCUUCCUCUCCCUCGUCGCCAUCACGGCGGUCACCGGCACCUCCGAGAUCAUCGUGACCAGGUGCUACCCGCCGCCGACGCCCACUGUCAACGGCAGCACCAGCGCGUUCCGGCGCGAUCUCCUCUCGCUGCUCGACGCCGUCCCCUCGGCCACCGCGCGGACGGGCUUCGCCUCCAUGCGGACCGGCGGCGCGUUCGCCCGCGGCCUCUGCUUCGGCGACCCCGCGCCAGACCCGUGCUUCCGCUGCCUGUCUGACGCCGGCGGGAAGAUCACCGACCUGUGCGGACACGCCAACCGGCGCGCGGGCUUCCUGACCGACGGCUGCUUCCUGGGCUACUCCGACGCCAACGCGUCCUCCGCCGGCGCGGACGACGACGACAUCAGUGGCGUGACAUUCUCCGGCGACGCCGUCCCACGCAUCGACAACGUCGACGUGCUGAAGCUCGUUGCCGUGGCGCGGUCCCUGGUCCCGCGGUCCGCGAACGGCCAGGUGGCCGCCGCCGACGCGACUGCCACGGCGAGCAACGGCUACACGGUGCGCAUGCUGGCACAGUGCGCGACGGACAGCGCCCCGGCGGAGUGCGCCCGGUGCCUGCGGGAUUCGUCGCUGCAGAUGGCCAAGAGCUGGAGGCUCACGCUCACCGCCGGCGUCGACGUGCAAGGAAGCGUGGCCGCGGUUCUCGGCCCGAACUGCUACCUCCGCUUCGAGAUAUCGGCACCGCCGCUGCCCGUGAGAGAGAAGAUUCGGAGGAUCGUAAAGGAUAACAUCGUCCUGACUGUGUGCAUUGGCUUCAUCGUCGCCGGGGUUAUCAUCCUGCUGCUAGUUCAUGUCUGCCGCCUGGUGACGAGGAAGCUCGGGAAUGCUGCAGCCGCACCAGCGGCAGAAGGGAAGCCAUGAUCUGACCGGGAUAAGAAGGAAGAAGACCGAAUAAAAGCAAGGAGCCAUCUACAGGACAUGAGAGGGCUCGGGCGUUACCAACUUCCUGCAGGAACACAUAGCUAGCUAGGGUAGUGUUGAACUGUUAUGUUGGUCUGUCAUAUGCAUUUGGAUGCUUGGUACUCCAUUUUACUACUGCUCUGUUCCGUGAUCUUCCACUAAUCUUCUUCGUGAUUGUGGAGCGAUCCCGGUCGUUUGGCGCGAUCCUAUGUGUGUGUGGAAACCUAAUGCUGAUCUUUAUAAGAUCUUUAGCAGA